GCCUCGCCCUCCAAGAAGGACUCUGCGCUGAAACCGAACCCUCAUCCAUACGCGAUCAAGACCACCUCCACCGGAAUCCUUACCCGCUCAAACUCUUCCGGAUACAACGCUAAUGCUACUUACCAUCACUACAUUCCUACGUCUCCGAGUCACAAUCGUUUCGAUUCUGGCAAGGGACAUCGCUCUACCAAGUCUUUGACAGCUGUCCCCGAGUCGCCUGGACGUGAGGCACCACGUCCGCUCCCCAUUCCACCGGAACUCGAC